AUGUCUAAAGGAGGCUCAUCGACAUCAAGGUGCAAUAAUGGCUGUGAUGUUCAGAACUCGUUAUCAGCAUCCGUAAUACGAUUAAUUGAAAUGGUUUUGAAAGGUGAUAGCGAAGCGAAACUACAUGAGCAAACAGAAAUCUCAAUCAAGCUAUAUACUGAAUCGGUUGCAAAAAGUGUUUCGAGCUAUCGUUUUCUUUUAAAAGGAGCUGACCAGAAUGUCAGUUUCCCUACCACUACUUUCCAAGAUAUAAAUGAUCGGUCCAUUAAUGAAUGUUUGGUUAAGCUGUUGAAGGCCAUUGAGGUAUGUCGCAGUGAAUUGGCAACAUCCUUCUUCUGUCGACUUCUCUUAGGUUUCAUCACUUGCUGCAAACCUUCUGCAUCACUGAUACGUCAGCGUCGUAUAAUUCGUUUAGAUGGAACAAAUUCGCUUAUUAGAUGUUUCGUGUCAUUUAUCGCCGAAUCAGUGCAUUGUAGCUGUAUUGAUAUGCUCUGUUCUCUUCUGAUCAUGUUAUAUGUCAGAGACAAAAAAUUUUGUCUAAAAGUUCGUUUGAAUGGUUUGAUUACUCUAUUCCAAAAAAAGUUAUUAUUGCUCGCUAAAGACAGGAGAAUGAUAUCGGUUCUGCAGUUAUGUUGUUGCUGUAUUCGUUCAGUGCAAAAUGCGCGAAUGUUUGGCAGAAGUCAAAAAAUUAUGAGGAAUUUAAUAACAGCAAUUAUUUCUGGCACGGAUAUAAUAGUUGUGGCUCGCCUUACAGAAAUACUUUAUGUGAUCAUCAAAUUCAAAAAUCGUCUCGUAAUGACUAUAUUGGAGUCGAAUGAUAUUUUUACCAUAUUAACAAAAACUUUUCAAAAGUAUCUUCAACAACGGUUCAGUGCGUCUGAGCAGGCUAUCCUGGAAAUUUGCUUGUUUACGGUGGUAUCGUUAAGGAAUCUAAUAAGGCUAAAACGUAAUAGAGAACGUCUACUAGCUAUUGGCGCAAUGGAAACGUUCAAUUCAGCUAUUUCACUCAUUAACAAUGACGAAGAGUACCUGUAUGAUAACUCACCAGUGGGACCGUCUGUUAUAAAUCUUAAGGAAUCGUUAAUUGCACUGUAUAUGAGUUGUCUACCUCUCCGUCCAUUUCCGAUACCCUCAUCUACACCACCACCAAUUAUUUUCCCGCUUCCUAGAGAAAUCCGCAACGAUCCAGAGCAACUUUGUUCUUGGCCACGUGAAAGAGAAAUUGAGAGAAAUUUCUUAUAUACUUUUCCAAUUCGUCAAGAUGAACCUGCUUUAAGUAGCGAUGAAGACGGUGGAGACGAUGAAGACGAAGCAUUGUUUACAGUAACGCCAUUGUGCAACAAUGACAAGGAUAAGUCGCACGCAGUGCCUGCGAACUUCUCCCACCAUGUUUCUUUAACUGAACUAACCGAUGACUACUUCCAUUAUUUCAUUGAAUUUUUUCAAGGAACUGUCACGGCAGGUUCACCUUCAGUGACGACAAAGGUGGACAAAUUAGAAGUAGAAAAUUUCGCUGACUUGGUGGCAAAAGCAGUAAAUAAAACAAGAUCGCCAUCAGUUUUCAUAAAAAUUGCUUAUCCAGCAACAUUCCUUCCAACAAAUUUACAUUCCGUUUUGCAACCACUGGCAAAAAGCGAUUCAAAGCGAGAUUUAUUGGCAAAAGACGUAGUACAUUUGGGAGAUGAAUCGUUAUUCUCUGCUCGUACUGUAUAUGAUUUGGAUUGUUUGGUUUGCGAUAAAACUGAAAUCUUUGCAUCCUGGAAAACAAUAGGAAACAAUGAUGAGAACCGGAUUGGUAAAAUGGAUUCCAAGAAUCAUCUGUUGUUUGAAAGCCGAUUUGAAGGUGGAAAUUUGAGGCGAGCCAUCCAAAUAAAUAAAUGGCAUUAUCAGUUAAUAUUAUCACCAGAUAUCAAUCAGUUACGGCCACAUUUUCAAUGGUUCUUUUUUGAAGUUUCCAAUAAUGAAGCAGGAGUGGAUUAUAUGUUUGAAAUUAUUAACUGCUUUAAAAGAACAUCCAUGUUUAGUCGUGGUAUGCAGCCAGUACUGUUCUCAGUUACAGAGGCUUGUCGAGGAAAUCCUAAAUGGGUACGUGCUGGUUCAGCAAUAUGUUAUUGUCGUAAUACUUUCAUCCGUAACGAUUCUGGCAAAGUGAAUGAUGCAUCUUCUCCAAGGCGCCACUUUUCGCUCUAUUUCACAAUCAGAUUCAAAUAUCAUGCUGAUGUAUGUUACAUUGCCUAUCAUUUCCCGUACACAUAUUCAAUGCUUCAAGCUACCUUAGAAAGGUAUUUAUCAAAAAACGGUAAAGAAGGACAGUUUUAUGUUCGUAAUGAUCAGUUAUGUACAUCACUAGCUGGUAAUACUGUAUCACUCCUUACAGUGACUGCUAGUGGUACUAAGGAACAGUUGAUUGAUCGUCAGAUCAUAUUGCUGUGUGCCAGAGUGCAUCCCGGAGAAAAUAACGCAAGUUGGAUUAUGCAUGGUAUUAUGGAUUUCUUGAUGAGCAAUGAGGAAGAAGCUGUGGAGCUUCGUAAUCAGUUCGUAUUUAAAUUAAUUCCAAUGUUAAAUGUUGAUGGUGUUGUAAACGGUUCACAUCGUUGUAGCUUAGCUGGCGUAGAUUUAAAUCGAACUUGGGAUCAACCUUCAUCAGUAUUGCAUCCUGUUAUUUAUCACAGCAAAGCUAUUGUACAAUAUAUAGUUGAUGUACUUCGAAAGAAACCAUUUCUCUUCGUUGAUCUACAUGGUCACUCCAAUAAUUUUAAUUUCUUUCUUUAUGGAAACAAUCCUGAUAACUCAUGGCGUAUUUUGGAUUACUCGCUUCCAGGAAAAAGUGAUUUCAUGUCGCUUCCAUUACUUUUGCAGCAGAUGUGUGAUUAUUUUUCACUAUCUUGUUGUCGAUUCAACAUAACCAAAGCUAAAGAAUCAUCAGCUCGUGUAGCACUGUGGAGACAGUUUGGUGUCACUCGAUCGUAUACCCUGGAAUCUACGUACUGUGGUUUCAAUUGUGGUUCUUUGAAAGGUUACCAGAUAAAUAUUGAGCAUCUGAUGGAAAUGGGUAGGCAGUUAUGCAAAACAUUUAGCUAUUUGAAGAACGAUAGCCUUUCGAAUCAGCAGGAGGUUGACGAUGAUUCGGAGUAA